ACGACAAAUAAAAUAUCGAAUUACGACAUAGAAAGUCGAUCAGCUGAGAAAAAAAAUAACAAAGAAACUCCGUCAUAUCUAAAAAUUAUUCACUAUAUUAGGACAAAUAUAGUAAGGAAAGUAAUGAAGAGGAAGACUUGAAGGAAAGGGCUUUCAAAUGAAUAGAUAAUGAACGCUAGAUCCCAUGUUUUUGAAUUGUCUGUAGAAGGACGACAAAUAGAAGAAGUUGUAUCAAGUAUAUUUCACAGUUUGAUUCUGCAGAGGACAUUAGGAAAGUUCCACUACAAACAAGAGGGCAGCUAUUCUGUUGGAACUUUAGGCUUUGUAGAUGAAGAUUGUGAUUUUAUAGACUUUACCUAUGUACAUGUUGCAUCAGAUGUGUUGACGAGUAAUGUGAGGCGAGAAAUUCUGACGUUUAGAGAUGCCCUUCAACAAGUGACAAAUCCAUCUGAAGGACAGAUCUCACUUGAGUUUUUCCAGAGGAAGCGGGCAAGAUGGCCGUUCCCAGCAGAGUGUAUUCCAUGGGAGGUGUGGACAGUCAAACUAGAUGUGAUAACUUUGAGCAAUGAACACGAGCGACAGAUAUGCAGGGAAAGAGUAGGUGAAAUCUUGGCAGAGAAAGUAUUGUAUAUAGCAGAUGUCAUGAACAGGCAUGAGUACGUGCCCAAAAUGCCGAACCAGUCUGAAGUUGAUCUCAUUUUUGAUACAUCUUACUUAGAUGUGCAACCAUACUUACACAGGAUCACUCAUCAAAUUAAUGGCCCGUCUUCCAGUUCUGUUUCCACGACGAUGAGAAAGUUCAUCAAGGACACAUUGGCAUUAUGACGACGGCCAAACAUGUAGCUAUGUAAUUUUCAAUGUGCUUUUUUAAAACAGUGUUUCUAUAAAUAUCAUGUGUCAAAAAUGUAUGCAUAUGUAAACAUGUAGCAUUAACAUUUUUUAUUUUUCUUAAUGUAUGCUCCCAAGAUAUUUAGAACUAGUGAUAGAAUAAAAGUUAAAAAAAACUUUAUGAUUGUGUUCAAGGUGCAGGUAAAGUAGCAUUUUUUAUGUAAUUAUGUACGUGUAUUAGAAACAUAUGAUUUAAUUAUGAUUAUUAUUCAUAUCAUGACAUUGAUUGGAGACUUAAAACUGAUUUUGCAGACCAGUCUGUGAUAGUUACCUCCUUAUUGGUCAAAUUUGAAAUUUCUAUUUUGAAUUAGCCAAUCGGAGGCCUAAGGUUGAAAGAGUGUUGACUGGGCUCCAAAUUAAGUUUUGAAGACUUAACUUUAUUCUGUAUUAUGAUAUUACCAGUCUUUAGUCACAAAUAGAUGAUGUUUUGUUUGCUUUUAAAAGUGUUGACAGUAUUUUGUUAUUUGUUUUAUAACAGUUGAUCAAAUUCUUUGUGUUUUUAUGCUAAUUGUACAAUGUAUAUGCAACAAGUAUAUUAGGAUUUUAAUCUCUCAUAAAUUGGUUAAUAUACUCUCCUAAUUCAAUAAGAAAGCUAGUUUUGAAAGAAAUACAGCUAUUCAGAAGUUUUUCCUCAAAAGAAGGAUAAAUCUAUAUAUUUUUAAAUAGUUGUAUGUUGGAUGACACAGAAAUAUUGAAUAAGUAAAGACUGUUUUAAUGGAUAGAUAAAACUGCCUGCAGAAUUCAGGAAAAAUUUUAAUUUUUAGUAAAACUUCAAUAUAUAACCACAUAGGCUAUUUUUAAAGCUAUAGAAAUGAUGCUCAAAUUAGCUGCCAAUCAAAUAAGACCGAGGUAUAGUCUGAUUUUAUUGACCUGUCAAUUAUGAAUACAUUAUAGAACUCAUUAAAAUAUUCGAUUCCACUUCGGUUUUGUCCGUUUAUUUUACGAGAAUUAAUAAGGAGUUUAUAUGACUAACGUUUGGAAAACUGCCACUAGCUUAAUGAAAGUUUUCUUAACAUCUGCAAUAGCGCAGUCGGUUAAGUGAUAACCAAAUGCAUGAGAGGUCCGAGGUUCGAUCCCUUCUUUUGACAUUCUUUUUAGACUUAUUAUUUCUUUACUUUUAAGUAUAUUUUAAUGAAAAUGGUCAAGCGCUUGCAAAAUUGUCUAUACGGAUAUGAAACAACUAAGAAACAUUGAAUUGUCACAUUUUGUAUUGUAUUUUACGGCACUGAAAUUACAUAUAUUGAUUUUAAUCCGAAUGAAUUUUCAGUAAUAAUUCUUAAACAAUGUUAUAUACAAAAGUAUAGUAUUUACAAAAAGUGCAAAACAUGUUAUAAAAGGAACAACCAUACCUUCAAAAAUGAUGAAAAUAGUUAUGUAUUAGAAAAAAAACCUUGGCUUACUCUGUCUCGAUCUUACAAUACUUUGGACAUUCAGAUAAUAUAUAUCCGUGGUUUACCCUAUUGCGCUAUAACGGUCAGUGUAAUGACUGCAUAGAAACUAGAUGAAUUUAAUCACAUCUUACUGCGUAACUCUCACGGAAUUUACCAAACAUUUAUCGAAUAUUAAUAUAUUCUGUGCAUUGACCGUAUAAUCAGUAUGGAAUUGACAGGUUAAUAAAAUCAAACAAUAUGGAAAGGAAUAAGGGGUAUGUAUUUCAAACAGAAUGCUAUUGUUAUUAUUGUAACAGAAAAUUUAGUUUGUUUUAUUUGGUACUGAAACAUUUCAUAGGUAAUUGUUUAAAGAAAGGGGGAUUUCCUAUUAUUAUUAUUUUAUUGUUGUUUUCUUUCAGGAUUUGGGCCUCAGUGUUGUUUGGUCAAUGCUUGUCUCUUAUUUUAAUUUGCCUCAGGGAUUCGAAAACAGUUUUGUAAAAAAUGUAUAAAAACAGUUAUUGAACAUUAGUGGGGCUAAUAACUUGCCUAUUUAUUUACUUUUGACUCAUUUGUGUAAAAAUUGUUGACUGCUUAAUUUGUAACCUUCUGGAACUGAAAGUGAUUAGCCUUUGCCACCAGUAUAGAGCCAGGCCAGCCUACACAUCCAUGCCGUCUGACCAGGCUUGAUACUGUUGGCCGACUUAACUUAAAAUUCUCAUCAAGACAGUCUUUGUGUUACUGAGCAUAGUCUGUACUGUUAAAUAUUCAGUCAUAUUUUGAAAGUUUCCCUAAAAUAAAAUGAAAUUGUCUAUGUUGAAAGACUGGCAUUUAGGAUAUUGAGCAGCUUUAAGGUUAACUUAAGGAAAACUUAUCAUUUUCUUCAGGAUUUCAAAACUCUUUUAAUCCCAUUUCGCUUAAUGUUUUACCCUUUGCUUGCUGCCAUCUGAUAAUGAUAAACACUAUAAGUUAUUUCAGUUAAUACAUAUUUUGAAAUUUUUCCUUGUGAAUUAGGACUUUUUUUUUAUCAGAAUUGCAGCCACCAUUUAUUGGUUAGUGAUUAAAAGAGGCAACUGAAUGGAUUCCCUAACUGGAGUCUAUGCAUCUCUUAGCACCAGCAGGUGGUGUGGUUUUGACACCUGGUGUUGCUGAAAGUUUGUAAAACCUUUUUUUUCUUUGUGUAAAACCUAAGGUUAACUAAAAUCAUCCUUCCUGUUUCAGCGCUAUGUCACCUAAAUUGUGUUGGUGUGCUGUAAAACCAAACAAAACAAACAAUAAAAGAAAACUAAAAAUCUAAAAAUGAUAUCUGGUUUGUGUCCAUAUUGGUCUAUUUAAGAAAUUUAAUGUGGUAAAUGUUUUAAAAACAUAUGUUACAAGAUUUGUUCUUCUUUAGACAUUUUAGUACCACAAAAUGACAUUUUAUACCGAGUAUUAAAUAAAGUCUGCUAGUCUAACUCUUAUUCCUGAACUGUUUCUUUUUGUAACAUGUAGAUAUAAAAAACCUUCAACAGAAGUGUCAUAUAUUUCUCUCUGUAACAUGGUCUUUACAGAAAUCUAGGUAUAAUUUUAUGUCAAAAAUUGUGUCAAAAUUUAUCAGUUGGUUGUUAACGAAAAGAUAGAUUUGUAGCCGUUUUUUAUUCAAUUUUUUGACGUUGUUUUGAAUGAUGUACAUAUUUAUUCACAAUAUAAUUGAUAGCCCUAUGCUUGUAUAUAGUGUACAAAAUAUAAUCAUAGAUAUUGUUUCUUUUUCUUUCGUUUUUUUCGAUGAAAAAAAAUGAUAGAAAAAUUUAAAGGAUGUUGAAAACUUAUGACUGUAUUUCUAUUUAUCCCAUUAUGUUUUGAUAUAUAUGUUGUUGUUGUUGUUUUUUCCUUUAAGCUUUCACUGUUGCUUUGAACAUUUCCAUAUGGAGCAUAUUUAACUUGUGACAAAUGGUGAUAAUAAAUGAUGUUAAAAUUUGAAA